GGGACCGGGGCUAAGGCGGGCGCCGAGGCUGCGGCGGUCGGGCGGGAGCGCCCGGGACCAUGUGGGGGGCCUGGGCCGUCCGCUGUCUGACGCUCGCCUCCAUCGCUGGACCGUGGCCCAGGGGGGUGAAGGCUCAAGUGACCGGCCUCAGCUACAACGUGUUGAGAUCGGGUAGGAACGUCACCAUGGGAGACGUCAGGUGCUGGGAAGACCCGCUUCACGGGAACAGCCUGUGCUGUGAUGCAUGUCCUCCUGGCACACGGAAGGAAAGUGACUGCAUGUCUUAUGCGGGUAAAUCACACUGUGUGCCCUGCCAAGAAGGGGAGGAGUACACAGACAAGACGCAUUUGUCUCCUAAAUGCAGGAGAUGUGGAAUCUGUGAUGGAGAGCAUGGCUUAGAAGUGGAAAGAAACUGUACUCAGACCCGGAAUACCAAGUGCAGAUGUAAACCAAACUUCUACUGUGAUGUCUCUCCGUGCGAACACUGCAACCCGUGUAGCACGUGUGAACAUGGAAUCCUUGAGAGGUGCACACCGACCAGCGACACCAAAUGUAAAGAAGGAUCCAGCUCCAGAUACCUGUGGUUUUGCGUCCUCAUCCCGAUUCUGAUGUCUGCGCUCGUGUGCUGGUGGCUGUUCAAACGGCGCAGGACAAAAGGGAAUGUCACCCUGGGACCCACACCGUCCCCUCCUACUGAAGUGAUACCAAUAAACUGUGCAGACAUCGACCUGAGCAAAUACAUCAUCGGCAUCGCUGAACAAAUGAAAAUAAAACAGGUCAGGGAAUUCGUUCGGAAGAACGGGAUCAACGAAGCCAAGAUAGACGAGAUCAAGAACGACAACCUGCAGGACACAGCGGAGCAGAAGGUGCAGCUGCUGCGUCACUGGUACCAGGUGCACGGGAGGAGGGACGCGUAUCACACCCUAAUCAGAGGCCUCAGAAAAGCCCAUCUUCGCGCGCUGGCGGAGAGGAUUCAGGAAACGAUCCAGAAGGACGUUGCCAGUUAGCUUGAAAGUGGAGACUUCGGGCGUGAAGGUAAAAGCGCCAGCCUGGCCAGAAGCGGAAAACGGGUACCGAGGCCCGGGUACGCACCCUUGGGGGCAGAGCCCGGCGUCUGGGCUGCUUCUUCCCCGCUGUGCACGGGGCCGCCCUGUGCCCUUCGUUCCCUCCGUGGGGAGCUAAGGUCUGCGUUUGCUGGAUUCCUGGAGUUUUCGUUGCGUCUGUUGAUUCUCGGGCUCAUGUGCUUGUAGGUCCCGAGGGUCACGUGGAUCGGACUUGGCGCUGCAGGGGAAGAUGUGGCUCAGAGUCGCGUGUGCAAGGACGUGUGCAAAGGACAAAAGAUAGGAACACGCUCUGGUAUCCAAGGGUGUGGGGUGGAUUCCGCCCCAACCCAGAGUGGCCGCGCCGGGCCGGCCGCAGCCUCGCCCGUCCCUGUUGCACCGACCGGUCCCACGACACUCAGGAUGGGAGCGUGUUUGUGGCCUUGGCACCUCGGGGAGAAGAAGCCCCGGGGAGCUCGGUGCACAGCUCGCCGCGACCUGCUAAGCUUCUGUCCCAAAGAUCUCUGCUCAGAUUCUGGGCAUCUCGGCGUGACGUGCUCUGGUCUGGAAUUCGCACAGGGGAUGCUUGGGUGUCCUCCGCGCGCUUGCCCCUGCCCCGGGCCAAGCUGACCCACUUCCCUCUGAUGUCGCAGCAUUGCAUUCCCACGAGGAACGCUCUCGGGGGUGCAGCCCUCGUGCCCCCUGCAAAGCACUGCCUGAGAAGCACACAGGACCCACCGGCCACCAGGGCCACUCUGGGAAAGUGCCGUGGGCUCAGAGGCAAGCGGCCCUUCGGGAAGGCAGCGGGGCCUGUCAGGCCGCGGAGCCACCGGGGCUCACGCCGCCACCGCUCUGGGUGUCCUGGUCCUGGGAGCCCGCUCAGCCGCCCCCUUGCGUCCUCGCUCGCUGCCCCCCAGCAAGGGGGACUCCCCUCCAGGGUUCGUGGUGGCCCUGGUGACUGCCCGCAGCUCCCGACCCCAGCCAGGGGCCCUUCCCACUGCACCCCCCUCGCUUUCCCAUUUAAACACAUCUGGAAUCUUGUGUCAAAUGUGAAUCAGUAAAUACUAUUUAUAUUUAUACAGACGGGAAUUGAGAAUGGAGACAAACCGAAGUAGGAUUUACGACCAUCAAAAGAGCUUAAUGUUUGGAAAUAGAAAAUAUUUAAUUAAAAUUAUGUUUUCGGCA